AUGCGCGGCUUCUCAUACCUGCUGGGCACGGCCCUUUCUAUGGCCUCGGCCGUUUCUUCCACAGCCAUCAUCCUCCCUCUAUACGUCUGGCCUAUCGAUGACAGCACUUGGAGCCCAGUCUAUGAUGCCAUCUCGUCGCAUCCGGAUAUUGAGUUUCAAGUCAUCAUCAAUCCUGACAGUGGUCCUGGAGAUACCACCUACCCCGAUGCCAACCUCAUCACUGGAAUCUCAACGUUGAACAUCUAUGAUAAUGUCCAUGUCAUCGGCUACAUCCGUACCAAUUACGCAGAAUGUGCGCAAGCGGAGGUUGACAGCCAGAUCGCCGUGUACAGCGGCUGGUCGUCCUACACCGCAAAAAACAUUUCAGUCUCGGGGAUCUUCUUCGACGAGGCUCCUCGCACCAACGACAACACCAAAAUCUCAUAUAUGCAGAGCAUAUCAGCCACAGCCAAAAGCAGUAACCUGAACACGAUCGUGUUCAAUCCCGGAACCCCGCUGGAAGAAGAGUCGGCGGCUGAAUACUUCGAGGCGGCCGAUCUGAUUGUCGAGUUUGAAAAGCCGUACUCUGAAUGGACAUCUAUCAUCCCGGCAGAUCAAUUUUCUUCCAGUAAGACAUAUGGCAAAGAUGCUAUGAUUGUGUAUAGUGCACCUCUGACCGCGGACUACGAGGCUGUCGUUCAAGAGGCCCAAGGUAUGGGAUUGGGUGCUGUUUACUUGACAAGCAGUGACGAUUACAUGUCUCUCGAUACUGUGCCGAAGGUUGCGGCCUCUUUUACUCAGUAA